AUGUUGGAUAAAACGGAUCCCAAGUUCCUUUGGCCCAGAAUUCGAUUGAUGUGCCAAGAUGCCUUCUCUGAAUUCAUCGGGACGUUUAUCAUUCUCAUGUUCGGUGAUGGUGUCGUUGCCCAAGUCGUCCUGAGCAAUGGUAAGAAGGGUGACUACCAGUCCAUCAGUUGGGGUUGGGGUAUUGGUGUGAUGUUGGGUGUGUACGCCGGCGGCAAGAGUGGUGCUCAUCUCAACCCUGCCGUCACCUUCUCGAGUUGUGUAUUCCGAAAAUUCCCGUGGAAGAAGUUCCCAAUCUACAUGUUGGCUCAGACCCUCGGAGCAUUCUGCGCUGCCGGUGUUGUCUACGCAAACUACAAAUCGGCCAUCGACACCUUCGAGGGAGGUGCCGGUAUCAGAACAGUGACCGGAGCCAAUUCAACAGCUGGUAUCUUCUGCACAUAUCCCGCCGAGUUCAUGACACGGACGGGUAUGUUCUUCUCGGAAUUUAUCGCCAGUGCUCUUCUUAUGUUUUUGAUUUUUGCCUUGAAAGACGACUCGAACCUUGGCUCAGGCAACCUCACACCGCUCGGACUUUUCUUCAUCAUCUUCGGUAUCGGAGCAUGCUGGGGCUGGGAGACAGGCUAUGCUAUCAACUUCGCCAGAGAUUUCGGUCCUCGUCUUAUGUCGUAUUUCCUUGGAUAUGGCAAUGAGGUCUGGUCGGCAGGAGGUUACUACUUCUGGAUUCCGAUGGUGUCGCCGUUCUUUGGUUGCGUCUUUGGUGGCUUUUUGUAUGAUCUUCUUAUGUUCACCGGCGAGAGCCCCAUUAACGAGGAGUGGAUGGGUAUUCCUGGAGCAUACUACCGCAUGACUUCGUUCGCAAGGUCCAAGAAAGAGAAGACAGACUCCAUUGUUUAA